AUGAAGAUUAUCCUCUCCAUCAAUGCUGGGUCCAGCUCAGUCAAGAUAUCGGCAUAUUCAGCAGAGAGAAAUGCGAAUCCGCGUCAGAUUGCUGAGGCUCAAGUCAGUGGUCUAACAGCACCACCGGCAAAGUUGAAAUACUCGAGAUACGACAAAACCAUUGUCAAAGACGGACAAGUUAGCCAAAACAUUCAGGGACAAGAUGGCGCUUUCUCGUUUCUCUUGGAGACACUCAUCAAUGACGCCGAGCUGCGAGAAAUCACUUCCAAGAAGGAUCUGUCAAUUGCAUGCCACCGAAUUGUUCACGGCGGUGACUACACUGAGUCACGCACCAUUACGCAAGAUACAUAUCAUCACCUCGAGGAGCUUAGCGAUCUUGCACCAUUACACAAUGGGGCAGCUCUCGGUAUUGUAGAGUCUUGUAUGAAACAGCUCCCUGAGGCUACCAAUAUUGCUUGCUUCGACUCCCAGUUUCAUACGACUAUACCGCCUCAUAUUUGCACAUAUCCAAUCGACCAAGAGAUUGCGGAGAAAAACCGGCUGCGCAAGUAUGGAUUCCACGGCCUAAGCUACGCCUUCAUCACUCGAUCAGUUGCCGAGUUUCUCAACAAAGAUGUCAGUAAACUCAACAUGAUUGCCCUUCAUCUCGGUAGUGGCGCCAGUGCCUGUGCUAUCAAAGCUGGCAAGAGUUGGGAUACGAGCAUGGGAUUGACGCCUUUGGCGGGACUGCCGGGUGCAACUCGAAGUGGUAGCGUUGAUCCUAGUCUCGUCUUUCACUAUGCAAGCGAUGUCGGCAAACUCUCACCCGCUUCUACCGAACACCUUCACAUUUCUAGAGCAGAAGAGAUUCUCAAUAAGCAAAGCGGGUGGAAAGCGCUGACUGGCACGACGGAUUUUGGCAUCAUUGCAGGCUCUGAUGAGCCUAAGCACAAGUUAGCUUUUGACAUUUUCGUCGACCGAGUAUCCGGGUUCGUCGGCAGCUACUACGUCUCUCUCGAGGGCAAGGUCGAUGCACUUGUGUUUGCGGGUGGAAUUGGUGAGAAGAGCGCCCGUUUUCGGGACGAAGUCGUGCGUCGUACGGGGUGUCUGGGAUUUUCCGUUGAUCAAAGGCGUAACUCUGCUGAACCUGCGGGAGUGGUCGAGGAGAUAAGUUCAGAACAAGCACGGCACCGGGUGCUAGUUUGUCAAACGGACGAGCAGCUCGAAAUGGCCAAAGCUGCUACUGACAAGGAUGAGUUAUGGAAGUGA